AUGUUUUCCAUAAUAUUCAACUUACGGAAAAUUUUAGAAGAUACUAUAGUUGAAUAUAUCGAUGUGGAUUUUACACUUUGGUUGUCAUGGCUUUUAAUGCCAAUGUUAAUAACAUUUUUACUUCCAUUUGCAAUUGUAGUAUUAUUAUACUUAACUGUAUUAAUAUUAUAUGUAUAUAAGCUACACAGAGUUAAAUUGAGAAAUGCAUAUGGAUCAGAUUGGAGGAAUGCAGCUCGUAAUGUGGUAGCUGCAGUAUGGGAUGCACAUGGUUGGAUUUGGUAUGGGUAUGAAACAAUUGGACUAGAAAAUAUACCAGAAAAUGAACCAGUGCUUUUUGUUUACUAUCAUGGAGCUAUUCCUAUAGAUCUUUAUUAUUUUAUAUCCAAAGUAUUGCUUUUAAAUUCAAAGCUAAUUCAUACAGUAGCAGAUAGAUUUCUUUUUAAAUGUCCUGGGUGGUCUAUUAUCUCUGAUGUGUUAAAUGUCAUACCUGGUACAGUUCAAACAUGUUCUGCUAUUUUAAAAGAGGGAAACAUGCUUGCUAUUUCACCUGGUGGUGUUUAUGAAGCUCAGUUUGGAGAUUCUUAUUACCAAUUAAUGUGGAAAAAACGAGUGGGUUUUGCGAAGGUUGCAUUAGAUGCCAAAGUGUGCAUAAUACCUUUGUUUACAAAAAAUGUUAGAGAAGCAUUUAGAACAAUAAGUUGGGGUAGAAGAAUGUGGUUAAGAAUAUAUGCUGCCACCAGAUUUCCUUUUGUACCUAUCUAUGGUGGUUUUCCAGUAAAAUUGACAACAUAUGUUGGUAAACCAAUUCCAUAUGAUGCAAAUUUUACACCUGAAGAGUUACAAAUUAAGGUUGCUGAUGCACUUAAUAAUUUAAUAAAUGAACAUCAAAGAAUACCUGGAAGUAUAUCAUUAGCUUUAUUAGAGAGAGUAUAUACUCCAAAGGAAAAGCAGUGA